GGGGUGGGCAGAGACGAGCGAGAUAGCGGGAGGAGGGAAAUAGAUAUGGAGCGAAAGAGAGAGGGGGAGAGAGAGAGGAAGGAGGGGUUCUGUGAGUCCACGUCGUCCCUCUAAUUAGCUCACAGUGUCUGUAAAAUAAAUCAGUGUAGUGGCUUCACCCCCGCUCAACUGCAGCACGCGCCCCUUAACCUGCUCCUAGCGUGCCAAAACAGAAGGGUCCGCGCGAUCUACCUUGACAUAAACUGAGGCGCGCAAUUGUCACGAGGAGCGCACUAGAAAUGUUUGGUGUUUUCGACAAGUCAGUAAAGUGAGAAAGAGUAAGAGUAAAAAGAAAGAAAGACAAAGAACUUUCCGAUAUCAAUAUAUCCUUGUCACUUUUACGCACUUGGCGAGGUUGACCUGAAGCGAGACCUACACUUACCGACCAAGAGGGACUGGUGGGAAAUAGCAAAGUCUCCCAAGAACGUCCGGUCGUGUGUGUCAAUUCAGAGAGACGACCAAGUGAGCGAGAAGGCAUAAAAUCUCGGCGCGAGGAUGAUGUCCUACAUUAAUAAGCAACCCCAUUACGCCAUGAACGGGUUAAACAUGCCUGGGAUGGACCUGCUACACACCACGGCUGGAUACCCAUUCUCUGUGUCUCUGGAUUUCUCAGCCACCCCACGAAAGCAGCGUCGCGAGCGCACCACCUUCACACGCACUCAGCUGGAUAUCCUGGAGGCCUUGUUCUCCAAGACCCGCUACCCCGACAUCUUCAUGAGGGAGGAGGUGGCCCUCAAGAUCAACCUCCCCGAGUCACGAGUACAGGUGUGGUUCAAAAACCGCCGCGCCAAGUGCCGCCAACAGCAGCAGCAGAGCAGCGGCCAGUCCAAGCCCCGCCCACCCAAAAAGAAGACGUCGCCCGCCCAGGACCAGCCCAGCGCCGGCCCAGACCCCUCAGCCAACAACCCCUCUGGUUCCUACAGCCCCUCCUCAGCCCCAUCGGGCCCCUCCCUGCCGCCAAGCGGCAACAACCCUGGCAACGCAGCCGUCUCCAUCUGGAGCCCGGCCAUCUCACCACUCCCUGACCCUCUGGCCUCUUCGGCGCCCUGCAUGCAGCGGCCCUCUGCCUACCCGAUGAGCUAUGGCCAGCCGCAGGCCUACGCCCAGGGCUAUGCCCAGGGCUAUGCUGGCACCUCCUCCUACUUCACGGGCCUGGACUGCGGCGCCUACCUGUCACCCAUGCAUUCGCAGCUGUCGGCUAGCGGUGCCCUCAGCCCCAUCACCGUGCCCUCAAUGGGGGGUUCGCUGAGCCAGUCACCCGCCUCGCUCUCCUCCCAGGGCUACGGCACGGCCGCCUCGCUGGGCUUCACCUCCGUCGAUUGCCUGGACUACAAAGACCAGCAGGCCUGGAAGCUGGGCUUUAGCACCAUGGACUGCCUGGACCACAAAGACCAGAAUUCCUGGAAGUUCCAGGUGCUGUAGAGAGAGUGAGAAGAAGAGGAAGAAGAAGAAGAGGGAGAAGUUGUGAAUGAAUAAGGCUCUCGCCAGAUAUACAGUACAAUCAAAUACAAUCAAAUGAUUCUGACUGAACACUUAUUUUUUUCUCUCUGUUUCUCGUUUGUAUGCUUGGUUUUUACAACCCCUGUAGAAUGUGUUUUCUAUUCAGGGGAGAGAGGAGAAGAGAGACCAGUGGACAUUAUUGAUCCCUCCUGACUGCAGGAUAUCAGGUCAAUUUACUUUCUCAUACAGUAGAAGGGAAGGAUGCCCCUGAGGAUCAUACUACUGUAUGGGAAAGACUCGCAGCUACAAACUGAUUUAAACACACGCCAUGGUUCAGAUGCAUUGAUUGGUCUAUGAUGGAAAGACAUCCUCAAGAGAAUUCUACGGAUACAUCCACGCUAAACUCAAUCGUUCCUCUGAUAUUUUUUCUGCUGUUGAUGGCUUGAGUUUUGUUUUCAAGAAACAUAUUUAAGUCACAACAAUAGACCAAAUUUACAGAGCUUUGAUACUCUCUUAGUCUCUCUCUUUUUUUUUGUUCUGAUAGACUGUCAGUGUUAAUUUGAGUUUAGUCAUUGUUAUUCUAUGUUACAAUUUAGAUUUUCAUUUGGUUACUUUUAGGCUUUUGGAGCUAACGUGUUACUAUGGUGUUAGGCUAGCAUCAUUGCUAUUAUAUUUUGAUGGAGAAAAAAAAUGGUAUGUUUUGUUGUGUGAAAUAUUAGAGCUAACUUUUAAUCUACAUGUAUGCCCAGCAAACAUUAUUGUGAUUACAAGUUUGAGUGACAUUUUGGUUUCACAAUUUAAAGGAAGUAAUCAGGUUUUUUCAAACGGACUGUACAUCAUGUAUUGGUAUUCGGAAUCUAAAUUAGUUCAGUUCAAGGACAUGACUCACCCGAACUUAACAAGUGACCAGUUAACUUCUGACGAUACCAGUCACCAUGUUGUUAGUUCGUUAGCUAUGGUUUCUAUUGUGUUUCUUAACAGUUUCCACCUUGGCCCACAUGGCUCUCCAGUGCAUCUUGCUAUCGGUUAUUUUGGCUCAUCUGAUUCUAGAGUGGCUCAAUCCUCUUACCCUCCCUUCAGCAAUGUCCUAAGUGAAUUAGUCAGGAUUACCCCUCUGUCUCUCUUUCCUUCUCUCUAUCUCCCCAUCCUUCUUUCUGUCACCAUCUUUCUGUCUUUUUCACAUUUCUGUAACUCUUUAUUCUCUCUCCCUCUGUCUCUUUCCCCACCUCUGCCUCUCACUUCUCACUUUCCUUCAGUCAGUGAGUGACAUAUUUACAAGAGGAAAACUGCUGAUGCACAACCAAGUUUCAAAAUUGCACCUUGAGUAUUCUACUAUUCUAACUUUCAACAGUAAAUUGAGACCCUGAUUGAGUUCCAAAAAGGUUUGUUUUUGGGUUUUUUUAAGUACAGAGGUCCGGACCUCAGUGUCCUCAUAUGUAGCUACGGCCUUGGUCUCUCUCCCUGUUUGUUUGUCUCUUCGUCUACAUGUCUCUCAAUCUUCUGCACCAAUGGUCUCAAUCACUUCUCUUCUCUCUGAACAGGCAAAGUAUACUAUAUAUUCUAUAAAAAGGUUGAUGCCCUUGAUGAUAAUGUUAUAUGGAAAAGACUUAACUAGAAACUAAUUUGAAACACUCAGGCCAUGGUUAAAACAUAUUAAUUCAAACUCUGCUAUCAUGGAGGACAAUGUAAUUACUUCCCCUUUCUUUCCUUCCACUAAUGUCUCAAUGUCAAAAAAACAAUCAAGGCUUGGGGUACAGUACCUUCUUCCUAUGUGCAACCCUUCCCCUCCAGCACAUCUCUUCUCCCCCAUCCCUACCAGUCUCUUACCCCCCUUUUGCCUCUCCACACAUCCACUACUCCACCUCACCCUCCUCUUCUGACAACCCAGUAAUCCCUUGUUGACCUGGUUACAUGCCAUGUAAUUUGACUUCAAGUGGAAAUUUGUGUGAGUGUGUAUACUUGUAUGUGAGUGUUUGUGAGUACAACAUGUGUGUGUGUGUGUAUGUCAUAACAGAGAUGGGCACUGAGUUUACUGAGUUACUCUGCAGCAAUGCUCCUAUCAAUGCUCCUAUCGUUGCACAUAAAACGUGUGUUGGAAUCUAGACUCAGCAAAAGAGAUUCCAUAACAUAUUUGACAGUGUCUGGAGAUAACUAGAUUUAUCAUGUGGUGACAGGUUAACAAUUUGGUACUUUAAAUUUGGACAAAUCGGGACUCUAAAAAUUAAUACAUAACCUAUUCAUUUAUAGAAUAACUUUAUUUUUCAGAGAGCAGCAAACUUCAAUGUAUCUAACAAUGUUGGGAAUGAAUAACAUAGGAGUGCAUUUGCCAUUUACCUUCAACUGAUGAAUUGUUCAUUUGAACACAAGCAUUAUACAGUAUAGUAUUUAGACGUAAAAGGGAAACUAGAGAGAUUUCCAUAGCGCACUGAAUACCCACACGACAUACCCACUCAACUCGCUGGGUUAAUCCCUCUCCGCGCCACGUUAAUCCCUCUGCCCUCCCUCUCUGUGGUCUGAUUGGUUAAUCCCUGCCCUCUCUGUCUCUGUCUGCGUCCUGAUUGGUUAAUCUCUUUCGGAGGGUGCAGUGCGGUUGUAAUCUGCUGGUCGUCAGCACGGAUAGUUUCAGAUAGACAGACAUGUUGCCGGUAAUCUCUAAAAGGAGCAGAUGUGGUGGGGGAGGGAUGGAGCAAGGGAGGGAGGGAUGGAGAGCAGCACCCAGCAGACCUUGGGGAAGGUGAACAUAGAGACACACAGUGUUCCUUAUUAUAUCCCAAUGUCGGUCAUUUUAGCUGCCAAAGUGAAGCAAACAGACACAAGGUGAAGAAUACCUGAAGAAAAACCAAAUCUGUUGCAAAGUGUUUUAAAAUGUUUCCCAUUUUGUGCCCUGAUGAACAUGACCCUGGCCAACCAAGACUGUUCCCAACUCUUCUCUCUGAAGUAUACUUACAAACUCAAAACCCUAAACCACAUAAAACCAAAAUGACCAAUUCAUGACCCCUUAAAGUAAUGCAUUUCUUUCUCUUUAUGGCAUAAGGGAACACAAACACUUAGUCACAUCAGUUUCAUAUUUUGAGUCCAAGUUUACAUACACCGUUUUUCACAAUUCCUGACAUUUAAUCCAAAUAAAAAUUCCCUGUCUUAGGUCAGUUAGGAUCACCACUUUAUUUUAAGAAUGUGAAAUGUCAGAAUAAUAGUAGAGAGAAUUAUUUAUUUCAGAUUUUAUUUCUUUGUAACGCUCGUCGAAAUGGGUAGACCAAGGCGCAGCGUGAUUUGGGUUCAUCAUAAUUUAUUAGAAUGAGAACCAGCAACAAAAACAAAAAGAGAAACAAAUGAACGUACAGCCUAGUAGGGCUCAAAAGCAACAAUACAAAAACAAGAUCCCACAAACAACAGGUGGGAAAAGGUGGGGCUACCUAAAUAUGAUCCCCAAUCAGAGACAACGAUAGACAGCUGCCUCUGAUUGGGAACCAUACCAGGCCAA